GGGGCCUCACUUUCGCGCUCGCCCGCGUUCGGCGCCACGGCAGCCAGCACGCUGUCGUCGCCGGCUUCUCUCAGUGACUGGUAUACCAUACGUGCGAGCGAGCGUUUUGAGCGUCGUCCGUCUCGUCUCGGGAGAGCAGCGAGAAAGAGAGAAAAAAAAAAGGAACAGAAGACCAGGGUGUGCUGGGUGAAAACGUACGUCGUGCGCGUUCUUUUUCUCAUAGACCGUUUUGUCAUAUUCACGUCGUUUGCCGAGUGUACUUACGUUUUGAAUCGUCGCGGCGGUUCGUCGUGGUGCGCGCGCGCGCGCAGCCCCAACUUGGUCGGAAAUUGCGUCGCACGCCGGCGACGCGUACCGGCGCCGGUGACCCUGACAUUCGAGAGGCCGGCAGCCGAGACACAUUCGUCGUCUCGUGCGCGCAGGAGCAACAUCGUCGCGUCCUGUGUUAUGCCAAGUCGACGGGAGUGAAAACGAAACGAACGAAACGAAACGAAGGUGGUACGUAUGUACCAACGUACGAACGAGAAAUCGCGGAGGAACAGUAGUGACGUAGUAAGUGGACGCGCAGUGAUACCUCGCGGGUAAACCAAGUGCGACGUAAUUCAGGCCGGUCGGAACUCGCGACUCUUUUCGGUGUCUUUUUUUUUCUUUUUACCUCUUCUCUGAUACGCAGUGACCUUGACUCGGAUGCGGUUUCCCGAGUUUUGUGUUGUGACGCGCAACAACGAAUGACCUUGACUCUAGCGGGUAGGCGGCGCCUUUUGAUUUUCGUCGAUCGAUUUUCUUUCGCCGUUCUCGCGGCUUCCUUGUCCGUGAUUGUGUCGCGUGAGAUGUGGCGAUCGAAAAUGACGAGAUAAGGAGGACCGAUCAUCCGUGACAUCCAGCGACGACCUUCGAACGAAGAAACGACGCAGUUCGCAGAACACCUGGAGUGUGCAAGAGGACACGACCUUGAGGGCAAAAUCCGGGCAUCCAUGGCACCGCGGCGUCACGCCAACGGCGGCCACGGGGGCGGCGGCCUCCUGGAGAACGGGGCAGGUGCCGGGGGUGGCAUCCACGAUCCCAUGGAGAAUCAUCUUCUGGGGAAUAACAACAACCCGACGCAGACGACGCGCUGCUGCACGCCGACCGGCGAGUGUCUCCGCGGCGACACUCUCAUUCGCCUGACCGCCCUCCACGACGCGGUCAAGGUCACUUGUAACAACGACAACUGCCCGGUCGGCCAGUUCAUGCAUCGCGAGUGCUUCGACGCCUGGGAGCAGACGGUACUCACGUAUCUGAAGAGCUGCGGCCGCGCCCGCAGCUGGUCCGAACGUCAACGUCACCAGAAUCUCUGGACCAAGAAGGGCUACGACCUCGCGUUCAAGGCCUGCGGCUGCCGCUGCGGCCGUGGCCACCUGAAGAAGGACCUCGACUGGCUGCCGCCCGGCUUCGGCAACGUGCCCGGGAAUCGGCCGGACGAGAACGAGGCGAAGAAGAAGAAGCGCCGCAACCGGCAGAACACCCGGCCGAGCCUCGCCGUGUCGGCCGGUCCGCCGAAUCACGGGAACCACGUCGUCGCCGCGAACGGCCGCGGCACCAGCGAGGCACAGAUGAUCGAGACGAGCCGCGGCAGGGCUGGUUCCUUGUCGUCCAGCACCGGAUCCAGCUCGCCGCCCGCGACCAGCGAGCCCAGCGUCAGCCCGCUCCACCAGCCGCAGGCCAUCAUGAAGAAGAAGAGCAAGGUCGACUUUUUCAGCGAUCGCGCACGACAAAGCUGCGGCGCCAAUGGCAUCUUCUCCCGUCGUCUAGACUUCAGCGCUUUCAACAGUCUGCCCCGUACCAAACUCAACUCCUAUCACAUCAAGAUGGAAGAUGAGGGCAAUCAUGGCAACGACGAUACUAGAUGCUUCAUCCUCUCAACAUUAGCUGCUUUGCAGUGGUCAAGAGUCACGUGCGUUCUUUGUCGCGCUGCCAUGCUAGUAUUUGACAGGUACCCGUUGGUGGACGGAACGUUCUUCUUGUCACCCAGACAACAUUCGCCCGCUUGUGCUGAGGUGAAGGUCGAAGGUCGCACGCAAUUUUUGUCAGCCGUGUGCAUGAGUUGUUUGGAGGGCAGCGGCGGGCAGCCUGUACGUUGUCGUUUCUGUACCCAACCGUGGGAUGGUUCGAGCCUGGUCCUCGGUACCAUGUACAGUUACGAUAUCUUCGCUGCCAUGCCCUGUUGCAGCGAACGACUCAAGUGCAACAGCUGCCAGAAACCCCUGAUCUACCCUCAUCAGCGACUGAACUUCUAUUCGGACUACAGCCGCGUCUUCGCCUGCCCGCAUUGCAGGGCGGUCGACGCGCACUUCGUGAAGCCGCUCUCGGCCUGCUUCACCCGCGAGCAAUUUCAGCUCUACAGCCAGUGGCCGUAACCAUUAGAGAACUUAGCGAACCGCCGCCGUUUGCGCACCGCGGCCGACCUGCGUCCCCUCUUCUACAGAUCUCUCUGUUCCGGACGACCGUGCUCUAGAAUCCUCCCUUUGAUUUCGUAGGAGACUUUUGACAAUGGCGAACGCACUCGGGGGCCGCGAUCCUUUCCUUAGAGCGUGUUUCGUCGGCCGGAUCCACCGAUAUAUGUAUUAUUAUUAAUUUCGUAGAGACUUUCAUUUCUGUCGAUAUACAUAUAUACAUAUAUAAUAUAGCUGGUGUUAUAUUCUUUUCUUUUGUAAUCUCUCUUAGGAAGUUUUUCUUUUAAUAUACGAUCAGAACGGUGAUGUGCCAAAUUGGCUGUUCUGAACGACGCUUUUAGUAUUUUUAAUUUGUGUAUCUUGCGGUAGCAAACGAGACGGUACUUUGUGAGGCCCCUUGGCGCGUUCCCGUAGCGCUAAUGAAGUUUAAGGAUAUAUGUUUCUUUUUAAUAUCGAUUGUAUAGAUUUGUUUAGAUUGAUCUUUUUCUUUUUUUUAAACGGGAGACGUCGAACUUUCGCCGUUCGCCGACAUUUCGUUCGAUGAUUCGCGGCGAGGCUGGCAAAACUAGUGUAUUUUUCUGUAUGUUACUCUUUAAGUUUGUAGGCAUUAAUCGUGCGAUCAUUCGUUGAAAUGUUAGUGGCAAUUAUUAAUUUUUUAUUAAUAUGCGCGAUAUUUAUUUCACAAUUGUCAUUGUGAAACGUGCAUCUUUGACAUAAAUUUUAGCAAAAUUUUUCGUUAACAAAUUACAUAUGCGUAAUAACAAAAUUACGCAAAAUUUGACUAGCAAAGAAUCAUUCAUUUAGCCCAUUUUGAGUGAUUUCGAAAAAAUUUCCUAUGACAAUUUUCGCCGUCUCCCGUUUUAUAUAGUUGAAUUGCUUUAAAGAAAAAUUAAUGCAAAAAUAAAUUUAGGCGAAGAUAAACAAUAUUAUUAGACGCGGAAAAUAGGUCUCUUUAUUAUAAAAACGUCAUGUAUAGAAAUAAAAAAGGCUAUUCUUUCUAGAAAAAA